GAUCGGCGGGUCACGCAAUCGACGCAUCGCAGAUACCGUGCAGAGGUCGAAUCGGACGCCGAUGUUGCAUCUCUCGAGUUUCGUCACCGGGCAACGGACACCGGACGUUGCAGUCAGUGGAAAGGGGCUACGAGGCGCAAGCGGACGGCUGUGCGGGUGCAGCCAGGGUGCGGAAGAGCCGGCGACCUUGCUCGUCCUUGCGGCGCGAUAACGCGGCUCCGUGGAAACGUGGUGGCGAGUCGCGACCCCGCUAUCGCGCCCUUUUAACCGACCGCGCCGCGGCCGCAGGCUCACUCGCAGCGUGCACCUCCCGCGGCCGACACGCGAGCUAAUGCUGAUACACUCGCGACUCGCACCUCCAAAUAGCAACGCCAUCCUCCGCCGCCGAACUCGACUCUCGUGCUAGAUCGAGCGUAGAUUACGAUGCCGGGUGCAGUGAUGAACGGCGGGCGGGCAGCGAGCGGCGAGGACGUGGUGCUGACGGGGCUGUCGGGCCGCCUGCCGCAGUCUGACAACAUCGAGGAGUUCGCGCAGCAGCUGUUCGACGGGGUCGACCUGGUGACGGCUGACGACCGACGCUGGACGCCCGGUCUCCACGGAUUGCCAGAGCGCAAUGGCAAGUUAAAAGACCUGUCCCACUUCGACGCCACAUUCUUCGGCGUGCACGCGAAGCAGGCGCACCUGAUGGACCCGCAGCUGCGGCUGCUGCUGGAGAUCACGCACGAAGCCAUCGUGGACGCCGGCCUCAACCCCGCCGAGCUGCGCGGCUCGCGCACCGGCGUCUUCGUCGGCGUCUCCAACUCCGAGACGGAGGAGUUGUGGACAUCGGACCCGGACAAGAUCAACGGCUACGCCCUCACCGGGUGCUGUCGAGCCAUGUUUCCGAACCGCAUCUCGUACACGUUCGACCUGAAGGGGCCGUCGUACGCCAUAGACACCGCGUGCUCCAGCUCGAUGUUCGCGCUGGCGCAGGCGGUGAGCGCCAUCCGCGCGGGGCAGUGCGACGCGGCGGUGGUGGCCGGCAGCAACCUGUGCCUGAAGCCGGGCACGUCGCUCAACUUCCACCGGCUGAGCAUGCUGUCGCCGGAGGGCCGCUGCGCCGCGUUCGACGCGAGCGGGCGCGGCUACGUGCGCUCGGAGGCGGCCGUGGCCGUGCUGCUGCAGCGGCGCGGCGCCGCGCGGCGCGUGUACGCGUCCGUGCGCGGCGCGCGCAUGAACACGGACGGCCACAAGCCGCAGGGCAUCACCUUCCCCACGGGCGACAUGCAGCGCCGGCUGGCCGAGGAGACCUUCCGCGAGGCGUGCGUGCGCCCGCAGGACGUCGUCUACGUCGAGGCGCACGGCACUGGCACCAAGGUGGGCGACCCACAAGAGGUGAACGCGAUAGCCGAGUUCUUCUGCAAGGAGCGCACGACGCCGCUGCUGCUGGGCUCGGUGAAGUCCAACAUGGGCCACUCGGAGCCGGCCUCGGGCCUGUGCUCCAUCGCCAAGGUGCUGGUGGCCAUGGAGCGCGGCCGCAUCCCCGCCAACCUGCACUACGCGGCGCCCAACCCCGACAUCCCCGCGCUCAGCGACGGCCGCAUUAAGGUGGUGGACCGCAACACGGCGUGGGAGGGCGGGCUGGUGGCGGUGAACUCGUUCGGGUUCGGCGGCGCCAACGCGCACGUGAUCCUCGAGUCGGAGCCGAGCCGGCCUCGCGCCGCGGCGCAGUACGCCGUGCCGCGCCUCGUGCUGGCCUCGGGCCGCACCGAGGAGGCCGUGCAGGAACUUCUGAACCUGGCGGCGGAGAACGCUACGGACGCGGGGCUGCACGCGCUGCUGGACGCCGUGCACGCGCAGAACAUCCCCGGGCACGCGCACCGCGGGUACCGCCUGCUGGCCGACCCGCCCGCGCAGGAGAUACUCGAAGUGGAGAGCGGGUCGCCGCGGCCCGUGUGGUUCGUGUUCUCGGGCAUGGGCUCGCAGUGGGCCGGCAUGGGCCGCACGCUGCUGCAGCUGCCGCAGUUCGCGCAGAGCGUGCGGCGCAGCGCAGCGGCCCUGCAGCCGCACGGCGUGGACCUGCUGCACGUGCUCACGGACGCGCCCGACUCGGCCUUCGACGACGUCAUCGCGUCCUUCGUGUCCAUCGCCGCCGUGCAGGUGGCGCUGGUGGACGUGCUGCGCGCCGUCGGCAUCGUGCCCGACGGCAUCGUCGGACACUCCGUGGGCGAGAUCGGUUGCGCGUACGCGGACGAGACGCUGACGGGCGAGCAGGCCGUGCUGGCGGCGUACUGGCGCGGGCGCAGCAUCGUGGACGCCAAGCUGCCGCCGGGCGCCAUGGCCGCCGUGGGGCUCUCGUGGGACGACGCGGCCGCGCGCUGCCCGCCCGACGUCGUGCCCGCCUGCCACAACGCGGCCGACAGCGUCACGGUGUCGGGCCCGGUGGCGUCCGUGGAGAAGUUCGUGUCGGAGCUGAGCGGCGCGGGCGCGUUCGCGCGGCGCGUGAACAGCUCGGGCGUGGCGUUCCACAGCAAGUACAUCGCGGCGGCCGCGCCGCUGCUGCGCCGCUCGCUGGAGCGCGUCAUCCCCGCGCCCCGCCCGCGCUCCGCCCGCUGGGUGUCCUCCUCGCUGCCGCGCGACCAGUGGGACUCCCACAUCGCCAAGCUGAGCGACGCGGCGUACCACGUGAACAACCUGCUGUCGCCGGUGCGGUUCGCGGAGGCGCUGCGCGAGGUGCCCGAGCGCGCCGUGCUGGUGGAGGUGGCGCCGCACGCGCUGCUGCAGGCCGUGCUGAAGCGCGCGCGGCCCGGCGCGGCGCACGUGCCGCUGGUGCGGCGCGACAGCGCGUCGCCGGCCGCGCACCUGCUGGCGGCGCUGGGCCGGCUGUACGCGGCGGGCGCGCAGCCGCGCGCGCACGCGCUGUACCCGCCCGUGCCCUUCCCCGUGCCGCGCGGCACGCCGGGCCUGGCCUCGCGCGUGCGCUGGGACCACUCCGUCGAGUGGAGCGUGGCCGACUUCGGCAGCGCGCGCUCCGGCGAGAACGUCAUCGAGUACGACAUCUCCAAGAACGACGACUCCUUCAUCUCCGGACACAAUAUCGACGGCCGCGUCCUCUUCCCGGCCACCGGAUACUUGACUUUAGUGUGGAGAACGAUGGCGAAGAUAAACAACAAGAAACCUGAAGAGACGCCCAUCAUACUAGAGAACGUGCAGUUCAGGCGCGCGACCAUCGUGUCGCGGGACGCGCCCGUGCGGUUCCUCAUCAACGUGCUCGAGGGCACGGGCGAGUUCGACGUGUGCGAGGGCGGCGCGGUCGUGGUCACGGGCACCGUGCGCCUGGCCCGCGAGCCCGCGCUCGAGCGCCUGCCCGCCGACGGCGCCGCGCCGCCCGCCGAGCCCGACCUGCUCGCGCUCGUCGCCGACGACAUCUACAAGGAGCUGCGCCUGCGCGGCUACAACUACGGCGGCGUCUUCCGCGGCAUCCGCUCGUCCGACCCGCGCGGCACGGCCGGCGAGAUCGCGUGGAACGACAACUGGAUCGCGUUCAUGGACGCGAUGCUGCAGUUCGGCAUCAUCGGCGCGGACACGCGCGAGCUGUACCUGCCCACGCGGCUGCAGCGCGCGCUGAUCGACCCGGCGGCGCAGGCGGCGGCGCUGGCGGGCGCGCGGGGCGGCGCGCUGCCGGUGCGCAUGCGCCGCGACAUCGACGUGAUCGCGUGCGGCGGCGUCGAGUUCCGCGGCGUCAAGACGAGCCUGGCGCCGCGCCGCGCCAACCCGCAGGCGGCGCCCAAGCUCGAGAAGUACGUCUUCCUGCCCUACGACAACGCCAACGUCGGCACCGAGGACACGUCGCGGUCGAAGCGCGACGCGAUGACGGUGAGCGUGCAGCUGGCGCUGGAGGCGGCGGGCUCGCUGCGGCUGCGGCUGGCCGAGGCGGUGCUGGCGCGCGGGCCCGACGCGCUGCUGGCGCCCGCCGCGCUGGCCGCGCUGGAGGCCGAGCCGCUCGUGCGCGUGGACGCGGCGCUGGCGGCCGGCGGCAACCACGCCGCCUACGCCGCGCUCGCCGGCGACAUCGGCGCCAAAGUGACCCAAAAGGACGCCCGCAGCGGCCCGCCGGACGCGGACUGCCACCUGGUGCUCGCGACCGACGUGCUGUCCCGCCACGGCGCCAGCGUGCUGGCCAACCUCGCGGCCGCGCUCGCCGACACCGGCUUCGUCCUGCUGGAGGAGCCGCACGCGGCGCUCGACGACCCCGACUCUAAGGACGCGAUCGAGAAGUGCGGCCUGAUCGUCGUCUCGCGCCAAGUGGCCGCCAACAGCGACUACAUUCUGUUGCGCAAGCGGCCCGUGCUCCCCGAAGUCAGCAUAGUCGUCGAGAUCGAGGAGAACUCGUACGCGUGGGUGGAGAAGCUGCGCGACGCGAUGAAGCGCGCGGAGAGCGAGGACGUGCGCGUAUACGCGGUGUCGCGCGCGGCGGCGUCGGGCGUGCUGGGGCUGGGCACGUGCCUGCGCGGCGAGGCGGGCGGCCGCUGCCUGCGCACGUUCCUGCUGGGCGGCGCGCGCGAACCCUUCGCGCCCGACGCGCCCGCCUACCGCGACCAGGUGCGCCGAGACCUGCCCGUCAACGUGCUGCGCGCCGGCGUCUGGGGCUCCUACCGCCAUCUGCUGCUCGCCGACGCUUCUGAGGCCCAGUUGCAGGUCGAGCACGCGUACGUGAACACGCUGGUGCGCGGCGACCUGUCGUCGCUGCGCUGGAUCGAGAGCGAGCUGCGCACGGCGGCUGCGCUGCCGAGCGGCGGCGAGCGCGCCGAGCUGUGCCGCGUGUACUGCGCGCCGCUCAACUUCCGCGACAUCAUGCUGGCCACCGGCAAGCUGCCGCCCGACGCGCUGCCCGGCAACCUCGCCGGGGAGGAGUGCAUCCUGGGCCUGGAGUUCAGCGGGCGCGGCGCGGACGGGCGGCGCGUGAUGGGCAUGGUGGCGGCGCGGGGCCUGGCCACCAGCGUGCGGGCCGACCGCGCCUUCCUGUGGGACGUGCCCGACAACUGGAGUCUGGAGGAGGCGUCGACGGUGCCGGUGGCGUACGCGACGGCGUACUACGCGCUGAGCGUGCGCGGGCGCAUGGCGCGCGGCGAGAGCGUGCUGGUGCACGCGGGCUCGGGCGGCGUGGGGCAGGCCGCCAUCGCCGUCGCGCUGCACGCCGGCUGCCGCGUGUUCGCCACGGUGGGCACGCCCGACAAGCGCGCCUUCCUGCGCGAGCGCUUCCCGGCGCUGGCCGACGAGGACAUCGGCAACUCGCGCGACACGUCGUUCGAGCAGCUCGUGCUGCGCCGCACGUGCGGUCGCGGCGUGGACCUGGUGCUCAACUCGCUGGCCGCCGACAAGCUGGCCGCCUCCGUGCGCUGCCUGGCCAACGGCGGCCGCUUCCUCGAGAUCGGCAAGCUCGACCUCUCCAAUAACACCCCCUUGGGCAUGUCGGUAUUCCUGAAGAACACGACGUUCCACGGCAUCCUGCUGGACGCGCUGUUCGACGCGGCUGAGGACAGCGCGGAGCGGCGCGCGGUGGUGCGCUGCGUGCGCGACGGCAUCGCCGCCGGCGCCGUGCGCCCGCUGCCCGCCACCGUCUUCGGCGACCAGCAGCUCGAGCAGGCCUUCCGCUACAUGGCCACCGGCAAGCACAUCGGAAAGGUGGUGCUGCGCGUGCGCGAGGAGGAGGCGGACGGCGCGCGGCCCGCGCUGCGCCUGCUGCACGCGCUGCCCCGCACAUACAUGCACCCCGCCAAGAGCUACGUGCUCGUCGGCGGUUUGGGCGGUUUCGGCCUGGAGCUGGCGCAGUGGCUCGUGAAGCGCGGCGCGCGCGCUCUAGUGUUCAACUCGCGCAGCGGCGUGCGCACCGGCUACCAGUCGUGGUGCAUCCGCAGGUGGCGCGAGCGCGGCGUGCGCGUGUUGGUGUCGACGGCGGACGUGUCGCGGGCGGCGGGCGCGCGCGCGCUGCUGGGCGACGCGGGCGCGCUGGCGCCGGUGGGCGGCAUCUUCAACCUCGCCGCCGUGCUGCGCGACGCCUUCCUCGAGAACCUCACGCCGGACGACUUCCGCGCCGUCGCCACGCCCAAGAUUGAUGGAACAAAGAUGCUGGACGCGGCGUCGCGCGAGCUGUGCCCCGAGCUGGACUACUUCGUGGCGUUCUCGUCGGUGUCGUGCGGGCGCGGCAACCCGGGCCAGAGCAACUACGGGCUCGCCAACUCCGCCAUGGAGCGCGUGUGCGAGCUGCGCCAGGCCGACGGGCUGCCGGGCCUCGCCGUGCAGUGGGGCGCCAUCGGCGAGGUGGGGCUGAUCGUGGACACGAUGGGCGGCGACGAGGCGGUGGUGGGCGGCACGCUGCCGCAGCGCGUGGCGUCGUGCGUGGAGGCGCUGGGCGCGCUGCUGGCGCGGCCGCACGCCGUGUGCGCGUCCAUGGUGCUGGCCGACAAGCGCCGCGCGACCGCCGCGCCCACGCAGGACCUCGUGCACGCCGUCGCCAACAUCCUCGGCAUCAAAGAUCCGUCCAAAGUAUCGGAAACGGCCAACCUCGCGGAGCUCGGUAUGGACUCGCUCAUGGGCGCCGAAAUCAAACAGACGCUGGAACGCGGCUACGAUCUCGUCCUGGGAGUGCAAGAAAUCCGCGCCCUCACUUUCGCUAAGUUAAAAUCUCUGUCGGGCGGCGAAGAGAACGCAGAAGACAAGGCGAAGGAAGAGACGAAAGAGGAGACCGCGAGCGCCGUCUCGGACCUGGCACAGUUCGCGAACUUGAGCGAGAUCAUGCCCAAGCAGGUCGUCGUGAAGCUGCCCAGCGCCGCGCCGGACUCCAAAUCCAACGUGUUCAUGGUGCACCCGAUCGAGGGCGUGGCGGGCAUGCUGCGCGGCGUGGCGCGCGGCGUGCGCGGCGCGGCGCUGGGCCUGCAGUGCGUGGCGGCCGCGCCGCUGGCCGACAUGCGCGCGCUGGCCGCCUUCUACGUGCGCCACGUGCGGGCGCUGCAGCCCGACGACCCCUACACGCUGCUCGGCUACUCGUUCGGCGCCGGCGUCGCCUUCGAGAUGGCGCUGCAGCUCGAGCAGGAGGGCAAGCGCGUGCGCGUGGUGCUGGUGGACGGCUCGCCCGCGUUCGUGGCGGCGCACACGCGGCGCAGCACACAGAAGCGCGCCGCGCGCUCGCCCGCCACCGACGAGGCCGACGCGCUCGCAUACUUCCUGCAGCUCUUCAACGAGAAGCUCGACAUCGUCAAGGUAUCGAACGAGCUCGCGAAGCUGUCGAGCUGGGAGCAGCGCGUGCAGCGCACGGCGGAGCUGGCGGCUGCUGCGGGGCCCGCAGGGCGCGACGCCGCCGCACUGGCCGCCGCUGCGGAGUCCUUCUACCGCAAGCUCGUCAUCGCCGACUCGUACAAGCCCAGCGGCAAGCUGAGCGCGCCCGUCACGCUGUUCACGGCGCGCGACAACUACGUGGAGCUGGCGGCCGACUACGGGCUGAGCGGCGUGUGCGCGGGCCCGCUGGCCGUGCGCCAGCUGCCGGCCAACCACCGCUCCAUCCUGGCGGGCGACGCGGCGCGCGCCAUCGCCGACCACGUGUCCGAGCUGCUGGCGCAGUAGCCGCGCGCAGCACGACGCGCCGCCCGCGCCGCCCGCGCCGCCCGCAGCUAGUGCACAGUGGACGAUAUACAAUUUGUGGAUAUGGCAUCAGAUCUAUAUAGGUUUAUCGCGUCGGCCGUCUCCAUUGGAGACGACCGUCGACGUGAACGCGAGAGCGACGCCGCUGGCGUCCGCGCGGAUCAGUUGCGGUCGCGCACGCGUAGUGCACGCGACUUUCUAUUGAAUUACGCACAUCCGAGCGUGUCGCCCCGCAACUGCGGUCCCAGUUUGUUGCCUCCGUUCGAUAUCGAUUCAUACGUACUCGAACGAUCACGAUCUUUGUAUUUUAGUUUGUGUCUUGUGACGUUUAUUUAUAUUAUUUAGUCGUUGACAUCACAAUAUUUAUAUCAGGGACGCACGUCGCGCUGUACAUAGCAUUAUGUACGACACGCGCGAGUCCGUUUACGUUUCGUAGACGGCCUAGCAUAAGGGCCGGCGCACGCUUACCGCGUCGACGCAGGGUUUUGGGGCAUUUAAUAAUAUUAGAAAACAACUUUUCAACAAUAGUACAAACCGGUAUUCUGUAGUUAGGGCAAGGUUUCGCACAGGGUCGACGCGGUCGGUGCGCUCCGCCCGCACGAGAUGCCUCUCUAUGUAAUAUAAAGUUGCGGGGUUCUUAGUUAAAUUGUAUUUAUAUUUAAAUUAAUUAAUUUAUGAUUAGGGUCGAGCGAGGCUCGUGCUUGUGAUACAUAGCAUUCCUCUAGUUGUAAGUGACAGUAGUUAAAACGAGAGUGUGGUUGUUGUGGUGUUUAUUUAGUAACAGAUUUGGCUUCAGCCCUGUGAUAAAUAAAAAGUGCAUUAUUUUUA